AUGUCAGACAGCGCCAGCACCCCCUCAACACAGCACGAGCCCGCCGACGACCUGGCCAAAGGCGUCCUCGCCACGGCCAAACAGUCAUGGCGGGACCUCUUCGUGUGGAAGCAGCGCGUAGUGCUCACAAAUGCCUACGGUGAGACGAGAUGUGAGUGGCACGAGCCAGAUGCCAUCCAGAACCCCAUCUCGCUGCUGGCCCAGCUCACGCUCAGAGACUGGGUCUUCUUCAUCGUCGGCUGGCUCGCGUGGACGGCCGACGCGUUUGACUUCCACGCGCUCUCCAUCCAGACAGUUAAGCUGUCUAAAUACUUUGGCCGGUCCAAGACGGACAUCACAACGGCCAUAACCCUGACGUUGCUGCUCCGCUCCGCCGGUGCUGCCCUCUUUGGCCUUGCUGGAGACAAAUGGGGCCGUAAAUGGCCCAUGGUCUUCAACAUGCUGGUGCUGGGAUGUCUCCAGAUUGCUACAAUCUACUGCGGGACAUUCACCGAGUUUCUGGCGGUGCGGAGUUUGUUUGGCCUGUUCAUGGGAGGCGUGUACGGCAAUGCCAUCGCCAUGGCGCUGGAGCAAUGCCCAUCCAACGCGCGUGGCUUGAUGUCGGGCAUCCUCCAGCAGGGCUACUCGGUAGGCUACGUCUUGGCUGCGUCCGCCAAUCUCGGCGUUGGAGGCAGCAUCGAAUCGUGGAAAACCGUCUUUUGGAUCGGAGCGGGACUAUCCAUUGGCGUCGGCCUGCUCCGCAUAUGCUUCCCCGAAUCGCAGCAGUUCCUGGACGCCAAAAAGGCGGGCAAGAAAGCCUCGUCUGCGGGCGCUUUCUGGCGCGAAACGCGGACGAUGCUCGGCCAGGAGUGGAAGAUGUUCGUGUACUGCGUCAUCCUCAUGACGUGGUUCAACUACUACUCGCACACGUCGCAGGACUCGUUCACGACGUUUAUGCUGACGCAGAAGAAGCUGGACAACGCCGGGGCGUCGCGCGCCUCCAUCGUGAUGAAGGUUGGCGCCUCGGUCGGCGGCACCAUCAUCAGCUACCUCAGCCAGUUCUUUGGCCGCCGCCGCCUGAUGAUGGUUGCCGCGCUCAUGUCCGCCCUGCUGAUCCCCGCCUGGAUCCUGCCCGAGAGCGAGGCCGCGCUGUGCGCCACGGCCUUCUUCAUGCAGUUCUUCGUCCAGGGUGCUUGGGGCGUGAUCCCCAUCCACCUCAACGAGCUGUCUCCUCCGGCCUUCCGGUCGUCCUUCCCCGGCGUCACGUACCAGCUGGGCAACAUGAUUUCGUCGCCCUCGGCCCAGCUCGUCAACGCCAUCGCUGAGCACACCUUCAUCACCGUCAAAGGCGGCGAGAAGGCCGAGGCGUACGGGCCCGUCAUGGGGAUUGCCACGGCCAUCAUCGCCAUGGGCAUCUUUGUGACCGUCAUGCUUGGCCCCGAGCGACGUGGCCGCAGCUUUGAAGGCGUUGUUGCUGGCGUCGAGAGGAGCGACUCCAACGGAGAGACGGGCGUGAAGCUGGCGGAUGAGGAGAAGGGCGAGGCCCAAACCGUCGAGGCGGCUGAACAGAAGAGCCAGGCUCCGACACAGAGGGAGACGGGUGAGGAAUAG